AUGCACUCCAUCGCCAGGCCGGCGUCGCGCCUAGUCCACGCCCGCCUCGGAACGGCAAACCUCUCACGAUGGAGGGCCCUCGCGGCUCCGCCACCUCCGCGCCAUAACCUCACAUUGUCGUCGUCGUCGCCGCCCCCCUCUCGACGGUUCUACUCGGAUCUGCCACCGAUCUUCGCCCCCCCGCCGCCGAAGGAAGAGCCAAAGCAAGCUUCUCCGACCUCGACCUCCUCGACGACAAGCAGCGACCCGUCGACCCAGAGCUCGGAUGCAGCCACUUCAAGCUCCUCCACAGCUCCCGACUCAUCUUCGUCCUCGUCCUCGUCCUCGUCCUCGACACCAGACAAUGACACCACCACGAGCUCCUCCUCCUCCUCCUCCUCCUCCUCGCCCAAACCCGACACCCCCAAAAACCAAUCCCCCGACGACCCCCUCCCAGACACUGCAACAAAAAUCUACACCGCCCUCCCCCCAGCCCUCUCCGAAAAACUCUCCCACCUAAUGGACACAGCCCAAACCCGCCUCCUAACCGCCUCGACAACCCUAAACACCCUAACCGGCUACGCCCCCAUCGAAGAAAUCAAACGCCAAAACGCCCUCCUUGAAACCCGCCUCGCCCAGGCCCAAGACCUCGUCCGCACCGCCCGAACAACCUACAAAACCACAAACGCCAAACGCGCGACAACCCAGCGCGAAGUCACAACCCUCCUCGCGCGCAAGGAAAUGUGGUCGCCCACCGACCUCGAACGCUUCACCCAGCUCUACCGCCAAGACCACUCCCUCGAACAAGAAGUCGCCGCCGCGUCCGAAGCCUUGACCGACGCAGAACACGCAGAGCAAGCUCUGGGCCAGCAGCUCAACGCGGGGAUCUUGAAGCGUUACCACGAGGAACAGAUCUGGUCCGACCGCAUCCGGCGCGCGUCGACCUGGGGAACAUGGGGCCUGAUGGGCGUCAACGUGCUCCUCUUCAUCGUCUUACAAUUCGUCGCGGAGCCGUGGAAGCGCAGACGUCUGGUACGCGGCGUCGUCGAAGAAGAGAAAGCUGUGCUCGAGGGCGUGACGGCCGAGCUCGCGGGGCUCAAGGCCGCGUUGGCGCAGAGGGAGGCGUACGAGGAUGCCGCCACUGCUGAUGAUGUAGCCGCGUACAUGGCGUCCACAACGGCGGCGACGACAACACCCGUUGUGGCAGUAGAGGAAGAGACGCCACUGGCCGCGGCGGAACCCACAUCAGCAGAGGAGGCGGAGGAGCUUCUGGCAACCAAGGUCGAGGAGCCGGCCGUCCAUCACGAGAUCGAGCGCGAGGUCGCGAGUGCGCUCGAGGUCUUGGAGACGCAGGUCCCCGAGGCGAAAUCAUGGCGCGAAUCAUGGCGCGAGCUCCUCGCCGACCCGGAGCUCCUAAAGGCGAAAAUCGCCGAUUUGUACAGCGAGCGCCGCAUCGAUCUCCGCAUGCGCGAUGCGUCCGUCUUGGUUCUCGAGGGCGCUGCCGCUGGGGCGACGUUCGCGGCAGCUCUGGCAUUGCUGCUGGUGAGGAGGACAUGA